UUUGCGCGCGGACCUGUCAUGGCGGCCGUGUGGCGGCGUCUCUGCUCCUCGGCCUCGGCCUCCGCCUCCCGUCCCCUCGGCCUCUGGAGCCGCGUCCGCAGCGGCAGAGUCGGUUCGUGGACUGAAAGUCUUCUUCGUGACUAUAAAGAUGCCUGUAAAGACAUUGUAAUCGGAGCCAAGGAACGGCCGGUGAGAGCGGCGUUCUACGCGGCUCUCCUCACAGGGGCCGGAGUUUGUGGGCACUACAAUCCCUGUGAGAAAUCCUUUCGAGCUGCCCUGUUGGAUGCGUCCAAUCAGCUGGUGGUUCUGUCGCCUUGGGUGCGUAACGGGCGCUCAGAUAAACAUGUGCAGCGAGUGGUCAAACUGCAGAACGAGGGCCGACUGGAGCACCAGAGUCUGCUGGUUUUCUCUCUGAUGUAUUCAUCCCCCUACGACUGUGAGACCAGUUCAUACAACGCACAAUGCGAGCAUUUAGUGCCACGAUGGGUGGACUUUCCUGAGAGGGUUUUAGACGUGGGCUUUUUUGGGAAAUGGUGGAUCCUUAGUUCAAAGAUGACAGAUUGGGACAUUAACGAGGAUGAGUUUUCCCACCUACCUCCUGAGCUGCGGGAAAUCUCACCACAGAACCUCAACUCCACGGAAAACGAGAGACUGUUUGAGCUCAAGUUCCAGCCCGUCAUUCUUGAAGAGGAGGAGGGGUAGAGUGUGAGGAGAUGCUGCUCACUGCUGACAGUCUGUUGCAGAGAAACAAAGCUGAAAAAUGAAACUGCUGUAUUGAGAUGGUUGUGUUGUGGGUGAUGUCAUUGUUCAAAAUGUUGAACCGUGUUACGUUGUCAAAUAAAAUAAUAAUAAAUAGUGA